AUGUCUAUGUCAAAGUCAAAGCUUCCUCUGAUUCUUUAUGGAAUCCUCUUUUCCUGCUCUUUUUUCACUCUUCCGUUCACCACCAAUACGAGACAAACCAUCCAUGGCAGCCGAUCGUGGAUAAAGAGCAUUGGCAGCUCCUGGAACAAACGGGAAGUAUCAGGAAGAGACGGAGAAUAUCUGCUGGGAAUAAAGAGACUGAGGCGGCUUUAUUGUAAUGUGGGCAUUGGCUUUCAUAUUCAAAUCCUACCAAAUGGGAAGAUAACCGGAGUACAUAAUGAAAACAGAUACAGCCUUAUAGAGAUUUCUCCCGUUGAGAGAGGAGUGGUGUCUCUGUUUGGGGUGAGAAGUGGUCUCUUUAUCGCCAUGAGUGAGAGGGGCAAGCUCUACGGUUCGGGCCACUACGAUGAUGAAUGCAAGUUCAAGGAGUUAUUUCUGGCCAACAACUACAACGCCUAUGAAUCUGCGGCCUACCCCGGGAUGUACAUCGGUCUGAGCAAAACCGGCAAAAGCAAAAAAGGCAACCGGGUCACGUCCACCAUGACCAUGACACACUUCCUUCCCAGGACUUUUAAUUUUCACGAUCAAGAGUCUGAAAGCUAA